CGAUCUUCUUCCUUUUGUCCUUCCAAUCUCGUUUCAUCGACCGACAGGCCUCUGGCACGUUUCCUCGUUAUUACGUUGUCCACCGGCUGGCCAGUCGAUCUUCCCCCAUCCGAGGCAGUCUCCUUUCGGCUUACCAAACUUCAUUACAAUCAUCAUGUCGCUCAGGCACCGAGAUCGACCGGUCCCAGAACCGACUUAUAUGUCUAAGGAGCAAACAGUCCAGUAUCUGGCGGGUCUUCGUCAAUCUCAGCCGUCACGUCCAUCCGGCUCUCGCCCAGCUCCUCCAUCUAAAUUCACCCGGACAUCACGUACAGAGAUAAGCGUGAACGGACCCCAACCAUCCUUCGACUCUGAAUCGACCCUCCCGCCAAGGAAUAGCAUGCAGAUCAUACCACCACAGAAACUUACCCACCGAAAGACCGAAUCAAGUUUAGUCGCCUCAGAUCAAACGAGAAAGAGUCCGUUUGCAGGCCGUCCACUCGCACGUGCACCGUCGGCAACCGAUUGUAUCGACAAUGUGUCAAUUGAUGAGCAUGCGAAGGUCCGUCGAACCCCGAGUAUGACCUACAUUGAAAAUGGUAUGCGCUGGAUGGAGAAGCAGGAGGCUCGAUCGCUGCGACGUGCGCUGGAGGAUAUGGACCUGGAGGAAGAGCGUGCGAUCCAUGCUGCCGCGCAAGAUGAGGCAGCUCAGCUAGUUUGGAAACAUCGCAACCCAGAUGCUGUGUACAGGAACGUUGAUGCAGUCAAAGACUACCGAUCACAUCUCAGAAAGGGAAGCUAUCAGCGCAGUAUCAGUCAGAGCUCAGGAUCAAUCGGAGGCCGUCGAAGCCCUUCAGAUGGCAGCAUUCACUCUGCAUCAGGCGAAGAGACGAUAGCAACGAAACAAAGUGUCAGCCCUGGCAAGGCUAGUGCACCCACCGAAUUUGUGUCUGUGCAGAAGAGGCGAUCAGUUUCGGGGAAAAGCUAUGACGGUCUAGCGCAAGCAGUAGCUAGUGAUGUUGCCAAUGGCCAACGCCGCGUAAGCAGUGGAAGUCGACGCAUGAUGAGUUGUGAGAAGACACCCUUUGUCAAUCCACACGAUCGAAUCUGGGAGGACCCACAGGAGGACAAUUCGACUUCGAUAUCUUCAUCAAGCCUUAAUUCGAGCAAGGCUGAAGAGAAAGCUGCACCGCACAUACCGGCUUUCAUUCGCAAGAACCCCUUUGCGCGAGUGAGAAUGCAGCACGACAGGCUGGAACGAGCGAACUCUGCGCCUGUGCUUCCUGCAGCAGCACCAGUCUACAAGCAUGACCGCGUAGAAAUACAACGCAAUGAGCCUAGCCAAAGUCGUAAUCCUUGGUAUAUGUCCAAUGAGCCUCUACCGCCAGCAUCGUCCUCGCCAGGGGGUGCCGCCGGAGACGAGACGUCACCCAAGGCCGCAGCAACCAGGGAUGGGAAAGAGAUUAGGAGCGAUGACUUGCGUGCGGCGACGAGCAAGUCCCGUCAGGACUACAGUCCCAAACUACCACGUCCGACCUUAGUCAGCGACAAGCCCGGCCGCCCAAUCGUCAGCUUUGAGAAGCCAAAAGAGGUCGCGAUGCAAGAAGUGCGCACGUCUUCCUCGCCCACAAAGGCUCGAGCAGACUCGCCAAGGACUGGUGAGAUCUCAGCAAAUAGAUCAUCAUUCACGCCUUCACCAAUAACACGUGCUCCUCCAGCUCCACGCAGUGUUGGGAGCUCGUGCGAGAUAUCAUCAAUACCUCGUAUCAGCUUUCCAGACGAGAGUACGCCAGCUAUAAUCCUGCCACCCAACAAUAGUAGUAUUGCCUCUACAAACUAUCACCGCUCGGCUCCACCUACACCAUCCAUCAAUAUUGAGCCGCCAUCAAUCACGAUUUCGGACAGCAGCGUGGCCAGCAAUCGGCAGAAUGCUCCAUCACCAUCAGCACAACGGCCUCCUCCAAUCGCGCUGCCGCAUCAUCCGCACAGUGCACCUGCUGCACCGGACUCACCUAAGAAAUCGUCGCUCCAUUACACGCCUUCUUUGCGACAAUCCGGAGUUCUCUGCACUCAGUGCGCGCUCCCAAUCGCUGGCCGGAUUCUUUCUGCCGCUGGACAGCGCUUCCAUCCGGGCUGCUUCGUCUGCCACGAGUGUAACACUAACCUAGAGUGCGUCGCAUUCUAUCCGGAACCAGAGCAACAACAGCGCGAACGUGCCGCCGACCCGAAUACUUUCGCGGCUGAUGCCUCAUCGCUUCGAUUUUACUGUCAUCUUGACUUCCACGAGCUUUUUAGCCCGCGCUGCAAAUCAUGCAAGACGCCCAUCGAGGGCGAAGGCAUCGUCGCAUGUGGCGCGAAUUGGCACCCAGGUCACUUCUUCUGCGCCCAGUGUGGCGAUUCUUUCGAUCAGACCAUGCCGUUUGUCGAAAAGGAAGGUUAUGCGUGGUGCGUCGGAUGUCACGCGAACCGUUUCAGCAGUAAAUGCAAGGGUUGCCGGAAGCCGAUCGUUGAGGAUGUGGUGGUCAAGGCCCUUGGAGCUGACUGGCAUGGGGGAUGCUUCUGUUGUACAGAAUGCAAAGGCGAAUUCGAUGAUGGCCGAUACUUUCUUCGCGGCGAGUCGCAAGAUCCAGUCUGCGUGAGAUGUGAGGAGCGCCGUCUCAAAGCAUGAUACUGAUUUGAAAACGAGUCGAUAGAGUUGUGUGCUUUUCUGGAGUAGAGGAGUUGGUUUCAGCGCGAUAUGUAUAGAGGGUUGCAACCGGCACUAUUAUGAAUUUCGAGUUCAAGUAGAACAACUUGUGACUCUGAUGAGCAGCAUCGCCACUGUCUCGUAAGCGCAUUCCCACAUGCAAGGCCCGUAAUGCCAACUUUCAGUACGUGAGCUCGCCACCGAGUUAUCAUCUCACUCUCCUGUCAAGGCCGCUGUUCGAGCUUCGCCCACGA